CUCACUAUAUAUGCUGUGGCUUGCAUCAGUUGUCAUUUGAAGACAGGAGAAAGAACAAUGUUCAACUACUUGUGUUUAGUGCUUCUUCUGAACCUUUUGAAACACAGCGUAACCUCCCCUACACUUAAGGUAGGGAUAAAAGGAGGCGACGUCACACUGCCAUGUCACUAUGAUGGGAGUGAGAUUCCUGAUAUUCAUUUAAUCAGUCGGUCAGAAAACAUCCCCGUCUGUCAGACUGAAGAGUGUAGCUGCAGAGUCUGUAAGAAAGGAGCCUGUGACGUCGUCAUCAAGGAUCUGAGCUUCAGUGACGCUGGGAAAUACAUUUUGAGGGUCUAUCAUCACAAUGAUCAGACAGAGCUGGAGCCACACAUCAGGACGUACCAACUUUGUGUCGAUGAUGAGGUUUCUGUGAAAAUCGGCGAGGAGCUGAAGUUGGAUGUUCUGUUGUCAAACGCUGAUGAAGUGCAGUAUCAGAGCAGAAGAAGCACAGGUUGGAAGGAGAUCUGGAGAAGAACUGAUGGAGUUCAGAGAGAACGGAUCACCAUCAGAGAUAGAAACCUGAUCAUUAAUGAGUUUACACUCAGAGACGCAGGAUCAUACAGAGUUCUGGACCCUGAUGGAGAAAUCUUGAUCACAGUGAAAGUCAGAGGUGAGAGAAACUCUGUUUUAAUCCACUUGCACUGCUGAGGUUUAUUCAUCAUGAGCUGAACAGCAAAUUAAUGCUAAACUGUGACUGAUCUUUCAAUAUCAUCUACAGCUGAAAAACUGAACUGACGAGAGCUGAUGACACAAGACAACGGACUCUCCUCCUUCUGCCUUUAUAAUGUCAGAUUUUCCCAUAAAACCCCCGUCUGUGUUUCUGGAUCUGGCACGGAUUCAUCUUCACAGCCAACAGAUCUGACUGAAAGUUGUUUUGCUCAUAUUCAGAGUCGUGCAGCGUUCAGUCAGUGCACAAUGUUACAGUGUUUCAGGGCACAACACAAUAAGUAUUGGAUGCUGCUGUUUUGCACAUUUUAAUAUAACUAUUUAUUAUACUGUACAGCACGUAUUAUUCCAUUUUGAAUAAUUCAGGUGGAAUAUCAUUUCACUGUAACGUUCUGUCAGUGUUUGAUGUUUAUUUAUAUUAUUAUUUAAUAUUUAUACUGAAUAUAAUAUAAAUACAAUGAAUACUUUACAUGGUGUUUGAUAACAGGUCAAAACAUUGCCAAAUUUGGCUACGUUUUUAACCUUUUUUGCAAUGUAAACCGGCUCGGCUGUUGUAACUUCAAUGGUCAAGGCCUCCGUUUUCAUUCGCUUUCAGUUAUCCACAGCAGUCGACAGCAGAUACGCUAGUCAUACUGCAAAUGGUAUUUCUUACAUUAUUAUAAUUUAUUGUUGUAAUUACUAAUAAAAAAAUAAUAAUGUAUAGCCUGAAUGCACUGUAAGUCGCUUUGGAUAAAAGCGUCUGCGAAAUGCAUAAAUGUAAAUGUAAUUACUGUAUAAACAUACUGGUUUGUACCGUUUAUUGCAUUUUGAUAUUCUUCUAGUUAUUUACCUAAAAGUCUCAUGCAUUCACAGAAAACUGAGUACUUCUGUGCUGCAAAGUAAGGUGAAAAAAAAGCUAGAAGUGCUACUAAACAAGGACUGUCUCUUACGUUUUCAGACUGAACGAGCCAGUCCUGAGCCAAAUGUUCCGGCUCACCACAAUAAAUAAAUAAAUAAACAAAUAAAAUAACUAAAUAAAGCAGGGUUCCUCAUAUCUCGCCCUGGAGGGCAAAUCAAACUCACCUACCUGUGAUUUUCUAAUGAUCCUGAAGACAUUGAUUAGCAUGCUCAGGUGUGUUUGAUUAGGGUUAGAGCUAAACUCUGCAGGAAAGUGGAUCUCAUGGACCAGAUUUGAGGGUCACUGCCCUACUAUUACAUUCUAAGAUGGUGCUACAUUUGAUGAAGAAAUCACUUUAUGAAUGUAUGUUCAUGUAAUCUGUAUGUACUAUGGCAUAAUUCCCUCUGGUCAUAGAACAACAACAUUCCCAAGUAAUGGAACCAUAAAACCACAUUUUGUCUGAAGAAAAUGUGUACAAACCUCUUUAAAAGGAUGCACAGAGUCUACAGACAUGCACCUGCUUAACUACAGUAUGACAGCAAUAACACUGCUAUUUCUGCUUCCUCAAUCUACUGAAGGACAAAACAGAAAGAAAACCUCUGAUCAACUAAUCAAAAGCUCAAGUAGUUGGAUUUAUGCAGCAAACAUGAUUUAUUUCACAUUAUAUUCAUCGAAGCAUUAAGUCUGUAUAAGAGUUUAAGAGAAAAUAUAAAUGUCAUCUGUUUUAUGGCAUAUGAAACUUGAUUUAAUAAAAAUGUCUUCAAUGUUAAAUGUGUUUAUUGAGAAUUAUGAUAAAUAAACAUCAUUGAAUCUAAGAAA